CUACUAAGAUCCUUGCAAAAUAUCAAAACCCCAAAAAUGCAUUUACUUCUCUGAUCGUGCAAGUCAACCACCUCCAAGAAAAGUCAGUCAGAAACACAGAGCACACAACUUAACUCCAAACCAAGGUGAUGGCAUCUCUAGCAACUAUAGCUGCGGUGCAACCAACCACCAUCAAGGGUCUUGGCGGCAGUUCCCUUGCCGGAACCAAGCUCUCAGUCAAGCCAGCUAGUCAGAGUUUGAGGCUCAAAAAAGUCAGAGCUGGUGCUGUGGUAGCUAAGUAUGGUGACAAGAGUGUUUACUUUGACUUGGAGGAUUUGGGUAACACUACUGGGCAGUGGGAUUUGUAUGGCUCAGAUGCUCCAUCUCCAUACAACCCUCUUCAGAGCAAGUUCUUUGAGACAUUUGCAGCUCCAUUCACCAAGAGGGGAUUAUUGCUCAAGUUCUUGAUAUUGGGAGGUGGUAUUACCCUUGCAUACUUCAGUUCAACUGCUAGUGGUGACAUUCUACCAAUCAAGAAGGGUCCUCAACUUCCACCAAAGCUUGGUCCCCGUGGCAAGAUCUAAAUUACUUUGACAUCAAUCCCCAAUUUUAUUAACUUUGAUUCUAUGUAUUUUCUUCUUAUUGCAAACUUGUAGGUUUCUCCAAAUCCUACUUAACAUCCCUUCUAUUAUCAAUGCAUAUAUAUUUGCUUCA